CAAAGGCGCCGCCGCCGCUGCGGGGUGCGAGUGGCGGUGCCCCGGGGGCGACGGACUCCGAGCUCCAGAAGCACGAGGGUACUUGAUUAUGUUUUAAUUGCUAAGCCACAAAGACUGCAGCCAUGUCUCUGGAAGAUAUCCACAUGAAUACCAAGGAUUUGGUUGAAGAAAAACAAUUAGAUGCUGGAGGAUUUGGAACAAUUUCUUUAUGCUUUCACAAGAAACAUGGAUAUGUAGUAUUAAAAAAAGUGUAUACAGGACCACAGCGCACUGAAUACAAUGUUUCCCUUCUUGAGGAGGGCAGGAUUAUGCGCAGACUGCAGCAUGACCGUGUGGUAAAACUACUGGGUAUCAUUUUGGAAGAUGGAAACUACUCACUUGUGAUGGAGUAUGUGGACCGGGGGAACAUGAUGAAAGUGCUAAACACACUCUCACUACCUSUGUCAGUGAGAGGGCGUUUUGUGCUGGAGAUCACAGAGGGAAUGCUGUAUCUGCAUGAGCAAGGCUUUGUGCACAAAGAUCUAAAACCAGAAAACAUCCUUGUGGACAGAGACUUCCACAUUAAGAUUGCAGAUCUCGGUGUUGCCUCCUUUAAGAGCUGGAGUAGGCUGACCCAAGAAGAAACUGUCCGACAGAAGCAAAUCAAGAGCACUUGCCAGAACAAUGCUGGGACUCUUUUCUAUAUGGCCCCAGAGCAUUUACGCUCUGUUAAUGCAAAACCAGUGGAGAAAUCAGAUGUUUACAGCUUUGGCAUUGUGAUCUGGGCAAUUUUUGCUAACAAAGAGCCAUACGAAAAUAGUAUAAAUGUAACCCAGAUUUACUUUGGCAUCAUGAAUGGAAACAGACCAGACAUAAAGGAGAUCAGUGAUAAAUGUCCGGUGGAAAUUAUUGACUUAAUGACACAAUGCUGGGAUCAAGAGUCAGAGAAACGCCCAACCUUUGCAGAAAUUAGUGAAAGAUACAAGCCAUUUUACUAUCAAAACCUAGGAGAAAAUAUUGAAGAAGAUCUGAAGAAUUUAAAAAAAAUGUGGCCUGAAUCAAAUGAACUGCAGAAUAGGAUGGAAUCCCUUCAAAUCGAUGCUGUACCAGAAGAUACCAGCAAUGGUCAAACAGAUCAGCCUAAUUCUCUACACAGCUCCCAGGGUCCCAUGCCCAGUCAGGUUAACGAAGCCCUGUUUGCUGCCUCCCCUGAGAAUCAGCCUGUUGAGAGCUGUGAGACCUCAUUUAUACCUGCUGAUAAUCUGGAAAGAAAACUUGAGCGUGAAUACAACUACCAUGCGUUUGGGAACCGGAUGGACAAAGCAGCUCCACCUGCAGUGUAUGGUCCCGAAAUGACAGAGGAGGAAAAGAGGUGGAAGGUUYCCUGCCAUCCAUUUGCAAAGCCAUCUAUUUCUCAAUGGAGUGAACUGUAUCCAAGAGCUGAAAAAAAAGGAUCAAACACUAAUCCAUAUUUCUGGGCAAACACUGAUCCAAAUUCCUGGCCACAGGCAGCUGCAACAACACCAAAACGAGGAAAUGGAGCUAUUGUUUAUGGGCCAAAWCCCAACAGUCUUCUAACAGGAAACCCAGAGGAUGCCUAUGUGUUGUGUYCAGCCAGUAACUUUAGUUUGACUAAACCUCCUGUGCCAGAAUCUGGACAGAACCCRCAGUCACAGACCAAUGUAAACUGGUAUUCAAAGAAUUCAGACACAGAUACAGGUAACAGGGAUUCCACUUCCUUCACAAGGGGAACGUUUGCAUACUAUCCUAGUGCACCCAGAGUAAGCCCAGUUCCUUAUACAGAUGAUUCAAUCAAGUACCACAUAAGUAACAGCUCUGGAAUUCAAAUUGGAUCCUACAAUCACAUGAAGAUUGAAGAGCACAAUCAGCAUGUCAGCACUUGUCCUGUUGAUACAGAAGCAAUUUACACACAGUAUGAAGCAACGGGUAUAUUUGACAAUACCACUGUCGUGAUGGAUAAACAUUUGAAUCUAGUGAGAGAAAAGCUGGCUAAGCAGUGGAAGCCCUGUGCUCGGAAACUGGGCUUCAGUGAUCCCGAGAUUGAUGAAAUUGAUCAUGACUAUGAACGAGAUGGACUAAAAGAAAAAGUUUACCAAAUGCUGCUUAAGUGGCUAAUGAGGGAAGGCUCCAAAGGUGCUACAGUUGGAAAACUUGCCAAGGCCCUCUUCUGCUGCCAAAGACUGGAUCUCCUUAAUAGUUUGAUGCAAAUCCAAGAAGAAURAGUUGUCUGAGAACAGACUUUCUGGAGCUCUCCUUUUUGCACUGACUUUUUGGAACAUAUUUUUUCCAUCAGUUCUCAGUGAAUACCUCCAGUAAAUCAGAAGUUUAUGUCACAAUAUCUGGUCUUCCAAAGGAUAGAAAGAAACCCCAAACACCUUCCUUCUGAAUAGAGCCAUUGACCAAAGAUAACAGGAAAAUGCAAGACAAAUAACAAUUAAGGGAGAACGUGUUACACAAAAUUUCUACAUUCUGACCUUGAAACACAUUGGUACUCUUGUUCAGUUCUGAACAAAUAAGUAAUAAUAUGUGAAAAUUUACCUACUCCUUGAAAAACUUGUACAGAAACCAAAAUCARCUAUUAAAUUUUGCCAGAAGUGCCAAUGCUUACAAUGCCAUUAUUGACAGGCCUAAGUCAGUAAUAUAUUUCAAAUGUUUUUAUAAUUUUUAUUAAAUAUAGAUGUCUAGAAUUAUGUARAACAGCAGCAUAGAUAAAAKCAAAACCUAUUUCUGGCUUUAGAGGUCUGUAGUUGAUACUUUAUUAUAAAUAAUACAUAUAUAUAAUAGUGUCUAUUUAAUAUUGCAUUAGAUUUUUAUAUUGUUUGGUAGAAAAUAUUUUACAGGACACAAGUCUCAUCUGUUUUAUGAAACCUGAAAAAAUAAAUWCAAUCAUUUUUCAAUCCAAAGUAAAAACUCAGGAAUGGAAGAAUUUGGGGAAGGGAAAGGUGCCUUAUUGCCUCUUGACUGAAGACCCAUUCUCCUACUUGCUCAGGGUGCUCAAAGUGUCACUACUUUCCAAAUCUCUUAGGCUGCAUUUGUAUUAGUAAAYGUGCCUGGGAAUGGUACUGGAUGCUGAGGUUAAACUGGCAUGCUGCAGCCUGCUGCCAGAAUAGCAAAUAAUUUAAACCUCCAAAAUGUUGUGCUAAGACUACUUCACAAUGCUCAGGUUGUUUUGGGGAACACUGGAACAGCUCUGUAGUGUAGGUGAUGGUAUCCCAGUGCCUGGAAAUGUUCCUUGUCACUCUGACUUCCUAGUAUUGACAWAAUCUCAGUGUGCAGUACUAUGAAAGAAGAAAGCAGUACUGUAAAUUUUUAUGCCCAAAGAACAAUUAUGCCAAACCCUUCCUGUGAAGGAAAAUACUUCCUAUUCCAUCAGAUUUAUAGAUAUUUCUGGCAGAUGUUUUCAAGCAGGUAGUUGUGUAURCUGUAAAUAAAACACUAUGUGUUCAUUGGUGUUCUUAACUAUUCAUUGUUACUGUCAAAAAAAGAUAAUAACUUAAUGGAAAUGUAGUUAGAAUGGAUUUCUGUUCCUUGAUGCAGUACCCACCAUCUUGGUGGAAGCAAAAUGAAACUGUAAUCAAAGCAAGCAUCAAAAUAUUUGUCAUCUUUAAACCUACUGCAYUGCCUUACAGUUUUGACUUAACAACAUGCUAAAUUUUCUAUAAACUCUUGAUURGAAUAGAAUGAUGUGGUUUAUCUGUCUAAUACAUUAAACAUACACUUUCCAGAAAAAAAAUUAUUCUUUUGAAAGCAGAUAGAGAGAUGGGGUAGGGGGUGUCUUCUCUAUGUUAGUCCCCAGAGAGUUACAGCCAGCAGCUCUGUUGCUUCAUGAAACAUUCCUGAACAAAUCACAAAGUCCAUUUGUGUUAUGUUAACCUUGGUUGCAAUGUAUUGCUACAUCGUCUGAGCCCCCAUUGGUUUUUUAAAGUCUCCCAUAUCUGCAGUCUUUGUUUAUACAAUAUGCAAUUUUUCCAUCAUAAGGUAAACAGAAUGAGAGUGAUCAUUUA